AUGGCACCCACCCACCGCGUCGCCGCAAUCCAAUUCGAAGUCAAGCCCGUCGCCCCCGAAGAGAACCACGCCCGCGCAUGCACCCUCAUCCGCGAAGCCGCCGCCCAGGGAGCCGAACUAGCCGUAUUGCCCGAAUUCCACCUCAACGGCUUCGCCCCCACCAACCCCCUCUACGCAACCCAAGCAACCACCUCCCCGCACUACCUAAAAUCCUACCAAGCCCUAGCCACCGAACUCUCCAUCUGCAUCGUGCCCGGAACAUUCCUCGAGCAACACGCGGACCCAACGCCCCCUUCCACCACCACCCAACCCCAAGAUGAAGACAAAAACAAAAUAACAAACCACUACUACAACAAAGCCUACUUCAUCGGCCCCGACGGCUCCAUCCUCGGCUCCUACAUCAAGCGCAACCUAUGGAUCAGCGAGCGCGGCUUCAUCUCGCCCCCGCCGGCGUCUGAGGCCGCCGGCCCGGCGCGGUACCCUGUGUUUGAUACGCCUAUCGGUAGAGUCGGCAUGCUGGUCUGUUGGGAUUUGGCGUUUCCCGAGGCGUUUAGGGCGCUGAUUGCUGCGGGGGCGGAGAUUGUUGUUGUUCCUACUUAUUGGACAAACAACGACGCCUCCCCCGCCCUGCGCGCCAUCAACCCCAGCUGCGAACCGCUCUUCCUCGCCUCGAUCCUCACAUCGCGGUGUUUCGAAAACACCUGCGGGAUCAUCUUCGCCAACGUCUCUGGCUCGGCCUCCGACAGCCCUGACAGCAGCAGCAGCGGCGGCAAGUAUAUCGGCAUGUCGCGCGUGGUGAUGCCGAUUGUGGGGACUGUGAAGACGCUGGAUGCGCGGGAGGGGGUGUGCGUUGCGGAUAUGGAUAUGGGGCUGUUGAAGCUCGCGGAGGAGAAUUAUUGUAUUAGGGGGGAUGUGAAGGGGCAGAAGUGGAUUUCUUGA